CUUUUGAUCAAUUUGGGAAAAUUCACAGCCCUAUCAUCAAAGGAUUGGUUUCACCCAUGGCAUUGAAUGAACUUCAGCUCGAAAAUCUCUCAGGGCAAUUUAAAGGCAUUCAAGGUCAUAGUAAUUCGUGUUAUUUGGAUGUGGUUCUGUUUGCAAUGUUUGCAUUUACCCAUAUGUUUGAUGCAUUACUAAACAGACAAGCUGAAUCGGAAGAUAUUCCUGAUUAUGACGAAAUACAAAACGUAUUGCGAGAAGACAUAGUGAAUCCUCUACGUGUAAAUCUUUUCGUCCGAGCUGAUCGUGUUAUGAAACUGAGGCGAUUAUUGCAACGAUCCAGUUCAGUAAAAGGGUUAAUGUCACAUGAAAAAGAUCCAGAAGAAUUUGUCAACUUAUUGGCGCAAAUCAUGCGAAUCGAACCAUUUUUAAAGUUCUGUUCAGGUGAAAAUGCAGUUUUCCAUCAAAUAUUCGUGAAGAAAAAUAAAGAUCUGAAAUUUCCAACAGUUCAGCAUUUGCUUGAAGAAAGUUUCAAAGAAUCAAACCCCAAACUGGCGGACGUACCUUCGUGUUUGCUAAUUCAAUUGCCGCGCUCUGGACAAAAAUUUAAAUUAUAUCAACGAGUUCUACCGUCUCACACAUUGGACCUGACUAAUUUAAUGGGUGAUGUUCCAAAAAUGUCCCAACACAAAGAUGAUGUCCCAAAAAUGCACCUUUUUGCAUUGGUGUGCUUCGACACUGCAAGGAAACACUUUGUUGCAUUCGUAAAAUCUGGUGUAUUCGAUGCACCAUGGUGUUAUUAUGAUUCAAUGGCCGACAUGACUGACAAUUACAAUAUUCCGGAAAUUGUAUCCGUGCCAAAUUUUAUAGGCUUCCUAUCUGAAAAAGGCUCGAAAUUAACACCAGACAUGACAAAACGCAUAUUGUGUGAAUCUUACAUAUGCUUGUAUCAAAGCGAAGGUAGAG